GCAUACUAUGUUGCAUUAUAUAAACUGAUGUAAUUUGAACAGCAACACAGUGUAAUCAGAAACCGUUCGCAAAGAAACAACAAUAUACUAACGCCAAAAUAUGACACAAUUAGGAGGUACUUUCGCAAUACUCGUUGCUGUUGUUAGCGGCGUAACAGCCCAGUGCGAUUGCGCAAACACUCCGGGCCUUGUCAUCUGUGAAUACGCAUGCACCUACUAUAUAUACUGUGAAAAUAACGGCGAAAACCGGGUAGAUUGUCCCGUUGGACAAGUGCUUAAUUUCGACACUCUUGUUUGUGACCUUCCUGAGAGAAUACCACCCCCAUGUGGCUCUUGGCGAGAUUGUACCGGAAAGGCAGAUGGUUACUAUGCCAACCUUGAUGACAGCUGUUUAUCGUAUCACUUCUGCCAAAGUGGAAUUUUCCAGGGCAAUAACAUUUGCCCCAGUGGGACGGUGUUUAACGACAGGAAACAGGCUUGCGACUGGCCUGCUAAUACCUGCCCACCUUGUGGCAACGCAUCAUGUAUUCUUGAAUCGGACGGCAUUGAUGUGUACUACACAAACAAACACUAAUAUUCAGAGCCCUGGUGGAUGAACUAGUAAACUUACUCCACCACAACUCUUCAGAAAUUAAAUUUAUCUGUGAUCUAAAUUGGAAUAUUGGUAUAAUACAAUUGCAAUAAUAUUUAAUAAUUUAAUAAU